AUGGCAACCAUGACACCCACAUUGCGGCCACUGAGCUGUUGGAAAUUUCUUUUGAGGCAAUCGAGACAACAGAAGACCAUUGCCAGGUCUUUGACUACAUAUCAUCACUCGAAACCGGCGUCGCAGACUCCUCUUCAGACUCAAGCUGUCCGAAAAAUCAAAACCUAUCCUCCACCCUCAUCGCCAGCUCAGAUCUUCAAGGAACCAAUAAAAAACAUUCACGCAGAGCAAAUUGCCGUCCUCGAUCCCACUGGUGCCCGUACCAAUCUAUUUUCUAAAACAAACCCAGAAGCGGCCAGAGUUGGCGAUAUUCUUCUAGUACGACUCAAAACUGGCGAUCCAUUUGCCGGAGUAUGCAUCAACAUUCGACGACGUGGUGUGGAGACGGGCAUCUUAUUGAGAAAUGAGUUGACGAGAGUGGGUGUCGAGAUGUGGUAUAAGAUAUACAGCCCCAACGUGGAAGGUAUCGAGGUGGUACAGAGAAAGGCUAAGAGAGCCAGAAGAGCCAGGUUGACAUACAUGAGGAAGCCCAAGCAUGAUAUGGGUAGUGUGCAGAAUAUCGUCUUGCAAUACCAAAGAACGAGAGGUGUAUUGGGAAGACCUGAUGGUGAGAGGAGGCAAACUAGUAAGAAGAAGACAAAGGGAAAGAAAUAA